UGCAAUCAACUGUGCGGCCUUCCGAAGACACGUCUCCCUCUACCUCAAAGUCCAAACACACGCCGACACACAAGCGCAGCAAGCUUCACGACAAGCACCAGCGAUCAAGAGCGGAGCGCGUGUAUGGCCGCCGCCGCUGCGGCCACGCCGUCGGCCGUCGCGCCACCGCGCCCGCGUCCCCUCGCACACCGGGCGCAGCCGUGCGCCCAACGCAGGAGAGCGCUGCCGUCGCGAUGGACAGCGUCCGCCUCGGCCUCCGCCUCCUCCAGGGGCAAAGCGCGGCCGCAGCGUGCGCCGUCGUCACUCCACGCGACGGUGGUGUCCGGGAGGAGAUCGGGCGUGAGGGAGUACAUGGAGGCGGCGCGGGACAUGGUGCGGCGGCCGGACGGCGGGCCACCGAGGUGGUUCUCGCCGCUCGAGUGCAGCGGCGCCGCCGGCCGCAUCCCCGGCGCGCCCACGCUGCUCUACUUGCCAGGAAUCGAUGGAGUUGGCUUAGGGUUGAUCCGGCACCAUGAGAGAUUGGCAAAAAUGUUUGAUAUGUGGUGCUUGCAUAUACCCGUCGAAGACUGUAUGACCUUCGAAAGACUCGUUGAGUAUGUGGAGAGGACAGUGAGGCUAGAGAGGUCAAGAGCACCGGACAGACCAGUCUAUCUUGUUGGAGAGUCUGUCGGAGCAUGCAUUGCCCUCGCCGUCGCAGCGCGGAACCGAGACAUUGAUUUGGUACUGAUCCUAGUCAACCCAGGGACAUCUUUCCACAGGUCACAGCUGCAGUCUCUCUCAGCAUUCUUGGAUUUGGUCCCUGAUCCCUUCCAUCUCAGCACUCCACAGUUGCUAAAUUUCCUGGCAGGAAACUUCAUGAAGAUGCGACCAACAUCUGAUGGAGCCGGUCAGGCAUUAUCAGAGAUCACCACCGGUUUGUUGCCUUCUCUUAUGUAUUUGGCUGAUAUUCUGCCGAAGGAAUCCAUUGUUUGGAAGAUGAAAAUGUUAAGAACAGCAUCAUCAUAUGUCAACUCUCGCUUACAUGCGAUCAAAGCCCAGACUCUAGUGCUUGCCAGUGGAAAUGAUGAAUUGUUAGCAAGCCGCGAAGAGGCUGAAAGGCUAAAAGGUACACUACAGAACUGCAGAAUCCGUCACUUCAGGGAUAAUGGCCACAAAAUCUUGUUGGAAGAUGAAUUUGAUCUGGCGACAACCAUUAAAGGAGCUGGAUACUACCGUCGCUCCAGGCAGACGGACUUUGUUUCAGAUUAUUUACCACCAACUCCUGAUGAGCUGGAAAAGGCGAUUGAUCAUGUCAGGGUCCUGACUUAUGCCACUGAUCCGGUGAUGUUGUCGACACUGCCUGAUGGAAAGAUAGUGAGGGGACUGGCUGGACUGCCUAGGGAGGGCCCUGUCUUGCUGGUUGGGUACCACAUGCUCAUGGGGUUUGAGCUUGGACCCCUGGUCACAGGAGUGCUGAGGAGCACUGGAAUCCACAUCCGCGGCUUAGCACAUCCAUUCAUGUUCAGCAAGACUUCAGAACAGCUCAUGCCAGAUUCUUCAGCCCACGAUCUCCACCGAAUCAUGGGCGCGGUGCCCGUCACACCGGUGAAUUUUUACAAGCUCCUUUCGGAGAAGCAAUUCGUCUUGCUGUACCCAGGAGGCGCACGUGAAGCUCUUCAUAGGAAGGGAGAGGAAUACACGCUGUUUUGGCCAGAGCAAUCUGAAUUUGUGAGGAUGGCAUCAAGGUUUGGAGCAACAAUAAUUCCAUUUGGAGCAGUUGGAGAAGAUGAUAUAUGUGACAUGUUGUUAGACUACAACGAUCUUCUGAAGCUCCCAUUUUAUGACGUCCUUGACAAGAGGCUGAAUGAAGAUGGUCUAAAGCUAAGGACUGAUUCAACGGGAGAGAUUAAAAAUCAAGGUAUGCAUCCUGUAGUGCUUACGCCAAAAGUACCAGGGAGGUUUUACUUCGUCUUUGGAAAGCCUAUUGAAACAAGAGGGAGGGAGAAGGAGCUAAAAGACAAAGAGAAGGCACAGCACCUCUAUUUGCAUGUCAAAUCUGAAGUGGAGAGCUGCCUCGAAUAUCUGAAGGAGAAGAGAGAGGAGGACCCCUACAGGAGUAUACUGCACAGGCUUCUCUACCAAGCAGCACAUGGUUCUGAUGCAGAAAUACCCACAUUUGAACCAUGAGAUGAUCACUCCAGAAUACAUUAGUUAGGAUCCAGACCAAUUGUUUACAUUGUUCUUGUUAAUAUUUUAUAUACAUAGUUAUUUAUUAUCUAUUUUA